AUGGCCGAAAUUGGUACUGCUGUGGCAUCAACAAUAAUAGAGCGUGUGGUGGAUGCAAUUAUAGUUUGUGCACGUUAUAUAUUCCGUUUCAAUAAAUUUGUUAUUGAACUUAGAAAAUCAAAGAGAACACUUGAAAAAGUAUUAGACCACAUGAAAGAACGUGCUAAAGAUGCUGCUAUAAAUGCUGAGAAGAUUGUGCAACCAGUUGAAGAGUGGCUGAGUGAUGUGGAGAAGGCUCUGGAAGAUGCACAGAAGCUGGAAGAAAAGGUGGAAGAUAGCCAAAGCUGUUUGAAUUUGACACUGCAAUAUUCCCUAGCAAAAGAGGUGAUAUGCAUGACACAGCAAAUGAACAUGCUCAACAUCAACAACAAAUUUGAGCCAUUUUCACAACCCAUUGAACUCUCAAGCAUGGAUUAUUUCUUUCCUAAAGACUUCGUGUCGUUGGAUUCUAGGAAGCCGGUUCAUGAAAAGCUAUUGAAGGCAAUCCAAGAUGACAGGAACAUUGUGAUUGGAGUGCUUGGCAUGGAAGGUUCAGGUAAAAGCACAUUAGCAAGAGUGGUAGGAAAGCAAGUUGAGGAGUCAAAGCUUUUUGACAAGGUGGUUAUGACAGUUGUGUCUCAAGAUGUCAAAGUUAGAGAUAUUCAAGGUCAAAUAGCUGAUCACUUGAGUUUCUCAUUGAUGGAAGAGACAGAACUUGGCAGGGCACUCCGGUUGUCUCACAGGUUAAAGACUGAGAAGAUUCUUAUCAUUUUGGAUGAUGUAAGGGAGAAGCUGGACUUGGAGGCUAUUGGAAUUCCAUUUAAUGAGAAUGACAAGAGAUGUUGCAUCCUCCUCACAACGCGCAACCAAGAAGUUUGCACUUCAAUGAAUUGCCAAAGCAUGAUUGAACUGUCUGUGUUAAGUGAAGAUGAAGGUUGGACUUUGUUCAAGCAGCGUGCACAAAUAGACGAUGAUUCCUCAGAAGACUUGAGAGAGGUAGCAAUUAGAGUCUUCAACAAAUGUCAAGGAGUGCUUGUUGCAAUUCUGACAGUGGCAAGCACUUUAAAAGGAAAGUCUCUUUUGACUUGGGAAUUGGCAUUGUCAAGACUAGAAACUUGCCAAUCAAUUGAUGUUCGAGAGAGCUUGACAAGUACCUAUGAAUGCAAUGAGUUGGAGGAAAUAAUUUGUUUGGAUUCAAAGGAAGCUGGAGGAAUGAGAUACCUAUAUGCUCCUUCCCUACCAGUUUUCCCCAAACUAAGGAAGAUCUUAAUCAAAGGAUGCUACAAACUGAGAAAAAUCUUCUUCCCAAGAAUUGUUUCAAGCCUACCAGAGUUGAAAGAGUUAUCAGUACAUGACUGCAAUGAAUUGCUGGGAAUUAUUUCUUCAAAUUCUUCAAACGAAGCAACACAAUUCCAAAAUUUAUCUUUUCCAUCCCAACAAGUUUCUUUCCCCAAACUGGAGGUGAUUGAGAUCCAAAGUUGCAACAAACUAAAAACAAUAUUCUUUGCAACCACUGUUUCAAGCUUGCCAGAGUUGAAAGAGUUGUCUAUAAGCAAUUGUAACAACUUGGAGGAAAUAAUUUCUUCAAAUUCAGUGGAAACAACACAAUUAAGAAAUGUAACUUCUCCUUUCCAAGAAAUUUGCCCCAAACUAUGGAGGAUUAGCAUUGAGAAUUGCAACAAAUUGAAAACAUUCUUCUCUGUGGCCAUUGUUACGAGCCUGCCAGAGUUACAACAACUAGUUGUAAAGGAUUGUGACAAGUGGGAGGAAAUAGUUUUCAUAGAUUCAAAUCAAGCCGGACAAUUUAGAAACCGAGAUCCUCUUUACCAACAAGACUGUUUCCUCAAACUAAGAAGUGUCCAGAUUGAAAGAUGUCAUGCGUUGAAAACAAUCUUCUCCACAACCAUUGUUACAUGCUUACCAGAGUUGAUUGAACUGAUUUUAAAGGACUGCAAUGAAUGGAUGGAAAUAAUUUCUGGAGAUUUAGAGGAAUCAAAACAAUUUGGAAACCCCUCUGUCCAUGCCAAAGAAGUUUGUUUCCCCAAACUACAGAGGAUUGAGAUUGAAAGUUGCAGAAGGUUGAAGACAAUCUUUUCUACAGCCCUUGUUACUAUCCUUCCAGAGUUGGAACAAUUAGUUGUAAAGGAUUGCAAUGAAUUGGAGGGAAUAAUUUAUUUUGAUUCAGAGGAAGCAAGACAACUUAGAAACCUAUCUGCUUCAUCACAAAAAAUUUGUUUUCCUAAAUUAAGAAAAAUUGAGAUCUUAAAAUGUAACAAAUUGAAGGCAAUCUUCUCUACAACCAUUGUUAGAAGCCUUCCAGAGUUGGAGCAACUCCUUUUAAUGGAAUGCAAUGAAUUGGAGGAAGCAAUUUCUUUAGAUUCAGAUGAAGCUGGACAACUUAAGAACUUGUCCGUUCCUUCCCAACAAGUUUGUUUUCCAAAAUUAGGAUCUAUUAGGAUUGAAAAAUGCUCCAAAUUUAAAAGAAUCUUCUCCAUGACCAUUGUUAAAAUCCUACCGGAGCUAAAACAAUUGGUUGUAAAGGACUGCAAUGAAUGGAAGGAAAUAAUUUCCAUAGAUUUAGAGGAAGCAAGAGAACUUAGAAACAUAUCUUCUCCUUUGUGUCAAGUUUGUUUCCCCAAACUGAGGACAGUUGAGAUUGAAGGCUGCAACAAAUUGAAAGCAAUAUUUUCUGCUACCAUUGUUACAAUACUGCCGAGGUUGGAGCUACUGUUUGUAAAGGACUGCAGUGAAUGGGAGGAAAUAAUUUCCGUAGAUUCAGAGGAAGAAGAACAACUUAGAAACCAAUCGUCUCCUUUCCAACAAGUUUGUUUUCCAAGAUUGAGGACUAUCAAUAUCCAAAAAUGCAACAAAUUGAAAGCAAUCUUCGCUGCAACCAUUGUUACGAAACUACCAAUGUUGGAGUAUUUGACUGUGAAGGAUUGCAAUGAAUGGGCGGAAAUAAUUUCUUUAGGUUCAGUGGAAGCAAGACAACAUAGAAACCUGUAUUCUCCUUAUCAACAAGUUUGUUUCCCUGUACUGUUUACAAUUGAGAUUGAAAGAUGCAACAAAUUGAAAACAAUUUUCCAUGCUGCCAUUGUUACAAGCCUACCAGAGUUGGUAGAACUGUCUGUAGAAGACUGCAGUGAAUGGGAAGAAAUAAUUUGUUCAGAUUCAGAGGAAGCAACACAACAAAGAACCCUAUUUGCAUCUUCCCAACAAGUUUGUUUCCCCAAACUGCGAAGUAUUUCUAUCGAAAAAUGCAACAAACUGAAAACAAUAUUUAAUGCUGCAGUUGUUUCUAGCCUACCAGAGUUAGAAAGUCUAAUCAUAAGGAACUGCGAUGAAUGGGAGGAAAUAAUUUCUUUAGAUUCAAGGGAAGCAAGACAGAAUGAAAACGUCUUUGCUACUUUCCAAAACAUUUGUUUCCCCAAGCUACAUAGAUUUUGGGUUGCAGGAUGCAACAAAUUGAAAACUAUCUUCUCUGUGUCCAUUAUUUCAAGCCUACCAAACUUGGAAUCCUUGUCUGUAGCUGACUGUGACAAUUUGAAAGCCUUAAUUUCUCCAUACUCAGUGAAAGAAGAACAAAUGAGAAACAAAUUAGCUCCUCCUCAUCAAGUUAGUUUCCUCAAACUGGAAAGUAUCUGGAUUCAAAGUUGCAAGAAAUUGACAACAAUUUUCUUCACAACCACUAUUUCAUAUAUGCCAAAGUUAAAACACCUGUGUGUAUUUGACUGCAAUGAACUGGAGGAUAUAAUUUGUUCAGAUUCUAUGGAGGAAAAACCACUUAGAAACCUAUCAACUCCUUCCCAACAAGUUUAUUUCCCCAAACUAACAAGAAUAGAUAUUGAAAGAUGCAACAAAUUGAAAACAAUCUUCUCCUCGACCAUUGUUGGAAACCUGCCAGAGCUGGGAAGACUCUAUGUAAGUGGUUGCAAUGCAUUGGAAGAAAUAUUUUCUUUAGAUUCAGUGGAAACAGGACAAGUUGAAAAGAUAUCUGCAUCCUCCCAACAAGUUUGUUUCCCUAAACUCAGCAGCAUUAGUAUCCUAAUAUGCAACAAAUUGAAAUGCAUUUUCCCUUAUACCAUGGCUUUUCAUUGUCCUUCACUGGACUCACUAUACAUACAAUCAUGCUCUCAAGUUGAGCACAUUGUUAAUUUUGAACCUAAAGCUACAACUGAAGGAGUUUCAGGGAUGGUUGUUGAUCAUGAUCAUGGAGAGCAUUUAUUGUUUCCAAAUCUGCAUUGGCUAGGAGUCAGGAAGUUGCCAACUCUCACUGGAACUUUUCCUUGGUAUAAUGAUGAAUCCCAAUAUCGUCAUUUGACCAUAGAAGAUUGCCCCAAGUAUUUGUGGUAUUCAGUUUCUACUUAG